AUGAUUCCCGCCAGGUCAUUGAAAUCAGACCCCUUUGGCGUCAUGGAUACUCGACUGAGGGUGGCUGACUCUUCUGAUGAUUUGAUUUCUCCCCUCCUUCCCCAGUUCGCUAAAAGGGACAAACCUGCCGAAGCAUCACACCAGAUGGAAGCUGAGACAACUCCGAGGCGAGACUAUCGAAUCCUCCAACUUCGCGAGUCAUUCCGCGAAUUCGAUCCUGGCCAUAAGGGCCCUCGACUAGAGAUUGACGCUGCUGUGGACAAGUACCACUUGCUUGACGGCCUCAACGAGCCCUGGGAUCCGCAAAAUACCCCGGCUUCAAACAGUGAACGACAGGGUACACCGGAGCCCAGUAAACACCACACGGAGAACCUGACGACAAGUCCUGUGGCCCAGACUGAGAAGCCCAAUUUUGACUGCUUCCAAGAUUCGCCAGAGAAUCGCUCUCUUGGAAAACCUAGGCCUUCGAAGUUGCGCCGCCUCUCUGGCAAUGAGAAACGACCCUUCAAUGAUUCGGCCAUCGAACUGGGUGAUCAACCACCGGCUUCAAAUGUUGACAGUCUCGGAAAACCCCAUCAAUGUACACCGAGCUACCUCGAUAGCAAUUACGGCGGGUGGUUCAAGGCUCCGACCAACGGUCUCUGGUAUUCUCGACCGACUUUGAAUACGAGCACUUUCGAGACAUCCAGUAAUACAGGCUCGGGGGUGCGAUGCGUUCGAUUCUCUACUCCCUCAAUUCCGCCUUCACCUUCACCCCCGCGUGCAAUGUGCCGUCCCAUGCCUUCGACUGAACGAAAUCUGGAUGAUAUUGCCUUGUAUCGACGUAAGAAGUACGGGAAGUGGAGAAUCACCCGUCCCAAGAGACAUAUCCCGAAUUCCAGCCCUAGGAAGGGGGUUUAUCCUUCUGUGCCCCGUAUCCCAGCUGGCACCGAUGUGCGCCUUUCAUCACUUUCUAGCUUGCCGUCCCGCGAAAUGAAGCAAACACCAUUCUUGGCCCUGUCUGACCAGCACAAGGAUGCCGUGGAAAUCGCAGCCGAAAAUAUUGCAGAGAUCCCUAUUACCCAUGAUUCGAACAAUUCUCAGAGCAUUGAGCAAGGCAACCAUUUUGUCAAGGUCUCUUUCUCGCUUUACAGACUUCAAGAGGCGCUUCGGUCAUCUCCUCGGAGGACCCAGAAAUAUGCUUUGGAAUUCCGAACAAUUGAGACAGAGAUCAAAAGUCUGCCUGGAAACAUUUUCCCACAAUUCCCUCCUGAGUCAAAACAGACUACCGGCCCAGCUGUCGUCGACGACUUGUUGUUCCAUGCCUGCUUCAUCUUUAGUUCGCGGGCUGUACAGCUACCUUUGGCCGCCUUCUCCACGGCAACAGGGCUUUUGACAGAAAACCAAGUCGGCGCUGUAAUUAUAUAUCUGGCCAGGGCUCUGUUGUCACUGAUGGCACACCUUGUCGACAUUUUAUUUUCUAUGUGUGGGGUGUCUUUUAGCUGUCGGUGGUACCCAUCCACUGGCCAUUCAGAUUGA